AUGAAAUUUACUACUACUAUUGAGAAUCAUCAUGGAGCGAAAGAUGCUCUGUCCUCGCCUCCUCUAAUGUCGUCAACGUCGUCUCCGUUGCUGCCUCAAUCUGAUAGUAAUCGUCUUCACUGGACGUUUUUCGUGCUGCUUUUUAUAUCCUUCGUACUUUUGUUUUUAUGGUACGUAUGUCGGGGUUGUCAUUUCGUGUGGAGUUUGUGCUCGCAAAGUCAGCAUUCCGAAGACGAAGAUGUGGAUCCGCUUCUUUCAGACAUUCAGCUACAAGAAGGAGGUCCAGGAACAGCAGGCGAAUCAGAUCAGGAAACUCGAGUUUGUUUCGUAGGUUUAACACGCUAUGUGUUUAACAGGAAAUGUUGCUUCUUACAAGUUCGUAAUAAUGCGUUUCCCAUUACCUCUCCAGAAGUUUCCGAUCAGCUAAUUACGGCUGUGGAUAUUGUAAAUGAUUCCGCUGGUGAAGGUGGAUCGCGCGAGGGUUUCAAUCCCCAGCUGGUUAAGAACGAAUUAUCCGAUGUGGUCCACGCGCCUAACAUCUCCUCAUUUAACAAUAACAACCAUAUUGUGAAAAAUGGACCUCAGCUGGAUCAAAUCGACACCGAUGAGGGGCUUCCUCAUCAUGAGCAGCGAGUCGCAGAGAGGUGUAAAGGCGAAGCUUCGUCCGCUAACGGCUCAGCAACGGCGUCCCCUAUGGCUUUUCAUCACGCUGAGGGCGCGCCUGUCCCUCUAUUUCCUUCUCCACAGCCCUCCAAUGAUCUCCUACACGGGUCCUUCCACACGCCCAACUUGGGAGAGGAGUCUGAUUUGCGGUGUUUGGUUGAAGAUCCUCACAAAAAUGGUGUUUUCGUUGCUGGAGAGGGGCCUCGUUUGGCUUGUGCAGGCUACUCACUGACGCGACCUCGCCGGCGUGGCUACGCGGAGCCCUGGCAGCCGGUGGCCUGCGUCCCCCCUUCCUCGUCGUCGGGGGGGGGUUGCGGCGAGGUAACCACCGCGAAGGUUGCCGACAUCUACAGGAAUAAUUUAGUCAAUACGUCCAUUGAGGAAGAAAUCAGCGGGUCGGGCGAAUCCUCGAACGAUCCGUCGAGUUCCUCACUCCCACCGCGAAACAGCUUCAACGUCCACGACAGCGGUGACCCUUACAUCGAGGAGGUAAACUACUUGGAUGAUGAGUUAGUUCUUUCUGACGACGCAUUGCCAAGCUAUUAUCCUCGAAUGAGGGGAAGUACUUUGAACGAAAAUCUCUACCAUGUUAUAUCACACCCGUAA